AUGACGCAAGUGGUGGCGAUAGCUGGCGAGCCGGUAUACCUGCCCUGUGACAUAGCUACACAAGAUGAAGAGGAUGCUGUACUCUUGGUGCUAUGGUAUAGAGAGGACUUGGGCACGCCAAUAUACAGCGUGGACGCCAGGGAAAAAGAUUUUGGUGUAGCUGAACGGUGGUCUGAUGAAAGCGUCUUUGCAUCAAGAGCGUAUUUCCUGCCAGAGAGACGACCAGCGGAACUUGGAGUAGACCGAGUGAAAUCUUCAGACCAAGGCAUCUACCGCUGUAGGGUUGACUUCAAGCAGGCUCAAACAAGAAACUCUCGCGUUAAUCUAACUGUAAUUGUGCCACCUAGUAAAAUGAUCAUUACGGACGAUAGAGGUGACGUAAAACAAGCAAUAGUUGGUCCUUACGUUGAGGGUGACUCCUUCACGCUCAAGUGCGAUGUCUCUGGAGGUCGUCCGCGCCCAUGGGUGAAAUGGUUUAGAGACGAAAUCGAAACCGACACUCCAGUGACCGUACUCACGGGAGGGGCGGUGCGAGGAGUGUUGAGAGUUGGACCACUUACCCGAACAGAUGUAAGAGCAGCGUUCACUUGUCGGGCGUCGAACCAUAUACGGUCACAUCCCAUUGAGACAACACUUACAUUGGAUAUGAAUUUUCCACCACUAACAGUACACAUCCUGGGAUCUAACCAGCCUCUAUCCGCAAUACGAAGAUAUGACCUCCUAUGCCAAAGUGCAGGAUCACGACCACCGGCCUCCAUCACCUGGUGGAAGAAUGGACAUCGCAUCAACAACGCCAAGGAAACUUUGUCCACAGAUGGAAAUACGACAACGUCCACCGUUUCCUUGCAACUUACCAAGUCCGAUGCUGGAGCAAAGUUGGCAUGUCGAGCGACCAACCCUCAGAUGCCUUCAGUGGCACCACUGGAGGACGACUGGAUUUUGGAUAUUCAAUAUGUACCAGAAACAGUUGUUCGAUUAGGAACCAAUUUGGACCCAAGAAAUAUUCGCGAAGGGACAGAUGUGUACUUCGACUGUAUUAUCAAGGCUCAUCCUUAUAUAUACAAAGUGGAAUGGCGCCAUAAUGGCAAGACAUUAAGUCACAACGUUGGUCAGGGUAUCAUCAUAAGCAAUCAGUCGCUAGUUCUACAAGGAGUUGGUCGCAAUACAGCUGGUAACUACACCUGUGUCGGCUUCAACGCCGAGGGAGAUGGCGAAAGCAAACCUCUGACUUUAGAUGUAUUAUAUGCUCCAACCUGCCGAAGCUCCCAACAGAGAGUACACGGGGUGGCAAAACAAGAGAGGGCUCAUAUCACAUGUCACGUAGACUCCAACCCGCCUGAAGUUAGUUUCCGAUGGACAUUCAACAACACAGCGAAUAGCAACGAAGUGAGCGACUCUUAUAUAUCGAGAACGGGAACUGUUUCUACAGUCACGUACACGCCACAUACUGAAAUGGAUUAUGGAACCCUAUUGUGCUGGGCCCACAAUAGAAUUGGCAAACAGAGGGUGCCGUGCGUGUAUCACAUCAUUGCCGCUGGCCGUCCAGAUCAAGUCCAUAACUGUUCAGUGGUAAAUGCAUCUCUGACUUCAUUUGGAGUACGGUGCUCAGAAGGCUUUAAUGGAGGAAUAGCACAAUCAUUUUUUCUAGAAGUCAAAGAAUUAGUGACUCAGGAGCUGGUAGCCAACGUGUCAAGCGCAGUGCCACGAUUCACAGCCAUCGGCUUAGUACCAGGACGAACAUAUGGAGUGGCAGUCAUUCCGUACAACAGCAAGGGGCGAGGCGAGCCCUAUCCCAUGCGAGCAAGUACUCUUAGGCCGCCUGAAAAGCAUCAUGUACAUGAUAAAAGUUUGGAUUUGCCGCGAACAGCAUUUCACAUGUCCGGUGCAAUGUCUGCAGCAGUUGGUGGUGGUGGUGUUAUUAUGGUGAUCCUUGUUCUGUUCCUAAUUGGGGUGAGGCAGAGAUGCUUUAAAAGAAAGCCCAGCCCUGGUCCACUACCUUCUUCUCUACCUGGUUCUCCUGACAAGUUGAGAGAAAAAGAUGACAGUGAGAGCGAUGAUAGAAACCCAGAUAUAAUACCAUCGGAAAUGGAUCAUUUGCAAGUAGACUACUACAGAACGCAGCAGGUGUCAACGAUAUCGCCACCACUGGGAUCUAGGAUGCCAAGGGGUAGUGUGGCUGGAGUACGCGGAAGUAUACCCGCAUACUAUGCGCUAAGAACUGCUCCACCGCCCCAUCAGACCAUGAUUGAUAAUGGGACACAACAAGGCAUUCCUCCACCAGCAGCAUUCGGCAGUGGAUCCUGUACAUUGCCACGCGGGUCUAGUACAGGUUUAACAAGUAUUGCUCCGGGUGAACGAUGUAUACCAUUACAGCACCUACGCACACUACCAAGGCCCAUGGCCGCUCCAACCGCGUUACCUAGACAUCUCCCUCGCGACACCCCUCUCUGA